UAUGUGCCACCGCUGAAUGGAGAUCGGAGCAAAUCCGAGUUCCUGAUACAUUAAUUGUUUAUCAAAAUGAAAGCUUGCUUGUGAUUUUUUUUAACGGAGUACUUGUUGCAGCAUUGAGUGACCUAGUGGGCAUUUUGUGUAUUGAGUCUCAUAUGUCGUUUAACGAGAAACAAAAUGUUUUGUGACGUUUACUAACUGCAGACUGUAAUCUUCUGAAAGGCAGAGAAUUUCCGUAUUUCCCUCCUGCGGCUUUAUUCGAGUAUCCAAGGAAAAACGGAGAACCAAUACUGUGCCCGGAGGCACAGUUUACGAUAAGUGGUGGUUGGUGAAUGGUGUUGCAGAUAGACUCGGUGUGGGGCUGGGCGUCACCCCCGCUGCGCCUCCAGCUAGCCGGGGGGACCCGAGGCCCCUCGGGGAGUGCGGGUGCGGGCACGGGGGCUCAAAACUCCCAGAGAAUGGGCGAGAUGGCUGUAGAGCGCGCACCAUCCCCGGCACGCCUCAGUCACACCUCGGAGAAGCACCCUCGUGCCACCCUCACCGAACUCAACGUUCUCCGUCAUCAUCGAGAACUCUGCGAUGUUGUCCUCAAUGUCGGCUCUAGAAAAAUAUUUGCCCAUCGUGUUAUCCUCUCGGCCUGCAGCCCGUAUUUUAGAGCAAUGUUUACCGGAGAAUUGGCAGAGUCCCGGCAGACGGAGGUAACGAUACGCGACAUCGACGAGGUCGCCAUGGAACUUCUGAUUGACUUUUGCUACACCUCGCAUAUCAUCGUCGAAGAAGCAAAUGUCCAGACCCUCCUGCCAGCUGCCUGUCUUCUCCAACUGGCCGAAAUUCAAGACAUCUGUUGCGAAUUUCUAAAACGUCAAUUGGAUCCUUCAAACUGUCUAGGGAUAAGGGCGUUCGCGGAUACCCAUUCCUGUCGCGAACUCCUGCGCAUCGCCGACAAAUUUACCCAGCACAACUUCCAGGAGGUAAUGGAAAGCGAAGAAUUCCUUCUUCUACCAGUUGGACAACUAGUGGAUAUAAUAUCCUCGGAUGAGCUAAAUGUACGGACGGAGGAACAAGUUUUUAGUGCUGUAAUGAAUUGGGUGAAGUACAAUGUGACGGAACGUAGACAACAUCUAGCCCAGGUUCUACAACAUGUUCGAUUACCACUUUUAAGUCCUAAGUUUCUUGUCGGUACCGUUGGCUCUGACUUAUUGGUCCGGUCGGAUGACGCCUGUCGAGAUCUGGUGGACGAGGCAAAGAAUUAUUUACUAUUACCCCAAGAGAGACCAUUGAUGCAAGGACCAAGAACACGACCAAGAAAGCCUACAAGACGCGGUGAAGUUUUAUUUGCCGUUGGAGGAUGGUGCUCCGGUGACGCUAUUGCCAGUGUUGAGAGAUUCGAUCCUAAUACCGCAGAUUGGAAAAUGGUGGCGCCAAUGAGCAAAAGACGUUGUGGCGUCGGGGUUGCUGUGUUGAAUGACCUGUUAUACGCAGUCGGUGGCCAUGAUGGACAAAGUUAUUUAAAUAGUAUUGAGAGAUACGAUCCGCAGACAAAUCAAUGGUCUUGUGAUGUUGCGCCUACGACGUCUUGUAGAACUAGCGUGGGUGUAGCCGUUCUGGACGGUUUCCUGUACGCGGUCGGAGGACAGGAUGGGGUCCAAUGCCUAAAUCACGUAGAGCGGUACGACCCUAAGGAGAAUAAAUGGUCUAAAGUCUCACCAAUGACCACGAGGAGGCUUGGAGUCGCAGUAGCUGUCUUAGGAGGUUACCUGUAUGCCAUCGGCGGGUCCGAUGGGCAGUCGCCUCUCAAUACUGUGGAAAGAUAUGAUCCGAGACAGAAUAAAUGGUCUCAAGUACCUCCAAUGUCUACAAGACGUAAACACCUAGGUUGUGCUGUGUUUAAUAAUUUCAUUUACGCUGUGGGAGGACGGGAUGACUGUAUGGAACUUUCUAGUGCGGAACGGUACAAUCCUCAUACUAAUUCUUGGAGUCCUAUCGUAGCCAUGACAUCCAGAAGGAGUGGGGUGGGCCUAGCAGUCGUCAAUGGACAGCUUUAUGCUGUCGGUGGCUUUGAUGGUACUGCCUAUUUAAAGACAAUAGAAGUCUACGAUCCGGAACAAAAUCAAUGGCGCUUAUGCGGUUGUAUGAAUUAUCGACGUCUCGGUGGCGGCGUGGGCGUGAUGAGGGCCCCACAGACUGAAAACUAUAUUUGGUAGCUCAGGCCCCCCUCUUCAGCUUCGUCGGCUGAAAUUCUUCUGACCCCCGUCACCCCUGUUACACCAGUAAUUCCUCUCUUACCAAUAUCCGUUCCUGUGGCUACGACAACCACGAGGAAGCGCUAUCGUCGUUCCAUGAGUAUCAUAUAAUUAGCAACUCUAGGCUGUAUUUUCUCAUAGAAAAAAUGAUGCCCUUAUAUUUGCCAUCGCGCUUAGGCAUACCUGAUUCGCGUAGAGACUUUUCUUUAUUCUCUAUUUUAUUUAUCCUAUGCUCUCGUAAAUCGAAUCGAUCGUAUCGAUUUUGUUGUGAUAUUUUGCGUCGAAGCUUCAAGCUCUGCUUAACGUUUGCCACUUGCACUUUCAAGUAUACAAUUGGCACUAUAGUCGGAUCACAAAAACUCUCUUAACUAUUUGAAACCGUGACCGCAGAACGUAGUAUCGAUUUUACUCGAGUACUCUUACUCUUACUUGAGUAUCGAUUUUACAAUGAAAAUCCAUCAAUGGACAAGAAAUGGAACGUAAGCGUGGACGCUUUAUAUGUUUCUCAUAAUACGCGCAUGAAGUUGCAAUUAUUUAUUUUAAAUUACGUGUGAAUGUUGAUAUUAACAUGCACGCAGAUUAAAGUCAUAUACGUUACUCUCAGAGGCACGCACUCUUCAUUUAGGUCGGUGACGUCCAAAGGCAGUCAUCAACUUUCACUAGGCAAUAUUCGCAUGACGGAAUAGAAGGCUCCAAAGAUCAUUAGAAAAACAAAUUUCACGUAACACAAAAAUUCGUCGAUAUUGCGUGGUAACGGCGAGCAUUUGAUUAUUCUUUAAAUCGACAAGUCUAAAUUCAUUUAGAUCUGAAUCUUAAUAUUUAAUAGAUAGAGAUAAAAAUUAUAGAAUUCAAUAAUGAUUCGAUGCACCAAUAUCAACGUUCAUUAAUGAUACUAAAUCAUUUAAUAGAAAGAUCAAAGAAUAUUGCAUUUGUAAUUUAACAAUGUGCAGUCCGUAACAUUCUUUUUACAUACUUCUCUCUUUUUUAUAAACAAUCAUGAAACAUUUAUUUAGUUCCAUAAAAUUGAUAAACAACAACACUCAGCAUUAUUAUACUUAACAGAAUUGUAAAGACUACAUUGAAACAAUUGUUUUAUAGAAUCGCACUGAUGUCCUCAAACUUUGCCUACAUUACAUGAAGCAUAGAUAUUGAAGUAAUGAUAGUACUUCAAUGUACAUUCCUACAGUCUUCUCCAAAGCUUUAUCGAAUGAAGCUAACGGAUACGCUUUUCUACCUCGGACUAACAACCUUCCCCAAUGAAAUAAAACUGCCAGCGAGCUGCGCGUCUCGAUCUUUUUUCCCAACUUCUUUCUUUUUUAAACAAUUAUUAUCAUAGACUUCCUUGUCGGCCGGCGCCACGUCUCAUCUGCGCACGUGUAAAUAAUUACCAUCUGUGUAAAUAAUUAUAUUUGUGAAGCUAUGGAUUCAGAAUGGGCCUGUACACUUCGGUUACGUUGUUCGUGAACGGCGGGAAAAAUUUGAAUGAAUUUAACGCGCUUAGCUGGUACCUUUAUUGACAUAAUAAGACGGAAAAGAAAAAGUAGGAUGGAAAAGGUUGUAACAAACAUGUUGUUAUAGUUUAAGAAGGAGUAUCUCACAGCUUUGGUAUUUUGUGUGAAAGUUUGCAAAUUAUGCUAUUGCUGUUUAUGUUCACUUAAAAAAAUUCCCGCUUUAUUCAUGAUCGAAAAUUGCCAAUUCUCGACUUUGCGAAUACCAACAGGCACUAAGGAGAUACGUUUGCCGUAAUAAUUCAUUAUACGUCGUGAUGCAUAUUUGCAUGUUUUUGCUUUAAUGCAGCCGCAGCACUGCUUGCACUGUUGAUUAAAAUGUGACGGUAGCGCAUUGUUACUCAAUUGCGCGCAAAGAUCCUGCGGAUUUGUCUUGAAAAUUUUUUAAAUUGGAGCAACAUUUGUCAGUCUGUAACGUUGCGAGUCGUAAUACUCCCAUAAAAUGCGCGCGCGCGCUUUUAUAUUUGUAUAUAUAUUUAUCUCUAAACUGUAAACAUAUAUUCACGUAUAAACGCGCGUAAGAUACACGAGUAAGCGAAUUUUUUUAAUUUUUGUAAAAGGAAAUUGUAAAUGAACAAUUGAUUUUGUAUAUAUUGAAAUCUGUCCAAAAUGUUAACAAGAAAAUAUAUUGUUAAAUCUUAAA